AUAGUAACGUGUGCCGUCGCAAGUGGUGGAUAUAUAUUCUGUCCGAUAUCGGAUUAUGCGUACUGCGUGCGUUUAAAAUCACACACAUCAAAAAAACCAAUAGCAGCAGCAACAACAACCACAAUAACACAAGCAACAGAGUAAUCAAAAGAAGUAAAAAGUCAGCAAACAGCAAGUAAGCGCGAGAGCGGACGAGAGCAGUCGGCCAAAGAGAGAGAGAGAGAGAGCGAAGCAAACGUCGUUUUGUGGUCUAGCAGCAGCGUCAAAGUCAGCACAAACAUGUCUACCGACUCGAGUCGACGCAUCCAGGUUCCAGAUGAGUUGAAGGAGGUGCUCUUGCAGUUCUCGAUUUCGUAUUUGGUCGAACAGCCGCCGGAUCUGAUUGACUUUGCUGCCGACUAUUUUAACAAACUUCAGGCUAAUCGGCCAGCCACAGGCAAUACCGAAAUCACCGCCGAUGAUAAUCAAAGCGUCAACUCACAGGAAGGCGAUGCGGAACCACCAGCAGUACAAAGUACACGUCGCAAAUCAGUGUUCGCCGAGGCUUACGAUCCGGAGGCGGAUGAUGAUGAUGAUGGCGCAACUGCCAUAUUCCCCAAGACAGAUGAACAGCGUGCGCGUCUCGUCGAGUCGGUGAAGAAUGUGCUGCUCUUCCGUUCGCUCGAGAAGGAACAGAUGAAUCAAGUGCUGGAUGCGAUGUUCGAGCGAAAGGUGCAGCCAGGCGAUUACAUCAUACGCCAGGGUGAUGAUGGCGAUAAUUUUUAUGUUAUUGAAUCUGGCAUCUAUAAGGUCUAUAUAAAUGAUAAACACAUUAGCACCUAUACCCACACCGGACUAUUUGGUGAAUUAGCGCUGCUCUACAAUAUGCCCAGAGCGGCUACCGUACAGGCGGAAACCGUUGGGCUACUCUGGGCCAUGGAUCGUCAGACAUUCCGGCGCAUAUUGCUCAAGUCGGCGUUCAAGAAGCGAAAAAUGUACGAGGAGCUGCUGAACAGUGUGCCCAUGCUAAAGGCGCUGCAGAACUACGAGCGUAUGAAUCUGGCCGAUGCUUUGGUCACCAAGACCUACGAGGAUGGCGAACGUAUCAUCAAGCAGGGUGAUGCUGCUGAUGGCAUGUACUUCAUCGAGGAGGGCACUGUAUCGGUGCGCAUGGAUCAGGAUGAUUCCGAAAUCGAGAUAUCCCAGCUGGGCAAGGGUCAAUACUUUGGUGAACUGGCCCUGGUGACACAUCGGCCAAGGGCUGCUUCCGUUUACGCCACGGGCGGCACUGUAAAGCUCGCAUUCCUGGACACAGAUGCCUUUGAGCGUAUCCUGGGCUUCCUCACCGACGUGCUCAAGCGCAAUAUUCUGAUGUACGAACAGAUGUUCACCGAAAUGGCCCGCCGCAAUACAAAUCUGUGAAAUAUGCCACAGAAGAUCCGUCAUUAUGCUUCUUUGUUUUUGUUUUAAAUAAUAUUAAUAUUGUAACUAUGUUUGUAGGUUCGUAAGCCC